AAAUCCCCUCGAGGAGCACUGUACGCAACCUACCGAUAACGUAUUCAAUGUGGAUGUCAGCACCGAAAUGCUGGUCUUGUGUUACGACCGCCCGACCUUGGUCGAGUGGUACGCCAUACACGACAAUCGCAUCAGAACUUUCGAUCUUGCCACGUGGUCCCCCGAAAGAGGUUUGAUUUUGAAGACGCAAAAGAACAUCUAUGCCAGGAGGAGCGAUAUGUUCGGCGAAGUUGUACGCGUGACGUCCGUGAAAAAUUCGCCGUUAAUCUCACUGGAGAACGGUCAGGUCAGCGGGUUUUUGGGUCUAGUACUAAUAGAGCUCAGUAAAGCGAUGAACUUCACGAUAAAGAUUUUGGAUCCAGUGAAAGAAUUCGGUAGCUGGAACGAGCAGCAGAAAAUUUGGUCAGGUGCGAUUGGCCAGUUGGUGUCGAAUAAAGCCGACAUCGGCGUUUCUGUAUUUAUGAUGACGACCAGCAGACAAAACGUCGUCGACUUUACGAUGCCAUUGAUACGCUCACGAUAUCGCCUCUAUUUCAAAGCACCCGACAUUGCCUACAUGCAAUGGAACUCAUACUUCAAG